GUUGAGACAGAGUAUACAUAAUUCCUCACAUUUCUUCUUCUGCGUUAUCCUCUUCUUCCUCCUCUCGCUCUUUCAAUGGCGACUUCCAAAUCUGUUCUCAUGUUAUGCGGUGACUAUAUGGAGGACUACGAGUCGAUGGUUCAGUUUCAGGCCUUGCUAGCGUACGGCAUAUCUGUUGAUGCUGUUUGCCCGGGGAAGAAAGCCGGCGAUCUCUGUCGCACUGCUGUUCACCAAGCCAGUCAAUAUCAGACGUAUUCAGAGUCAAGAGGGCAUAACUUCACUCUCAAUGCAACUUAUGAUGAGAUUGAUGCAGACAAAUACGAUGGACUGUUGAUUCAAGGAGGACGAGCACCCGAGUAUCUUGCAAUGAACCAAUCUGUUGUAGAUUUGGUCAAGAAGUUCUCUAACUCAAGAAAGCCAAUUGCUUCUAUUUGUCACGGUCCACUAAUAUUGGCAGCUGCAGAUUUAGUCAAAGACAGGAAGUGCACUGCAUACAAUGGUGUAGGACCUGCACUCAUUUCUGCAGGUGCUGAUUGGAUAGAACCGGAGACUUUAGCAGCCUGCACUAUCGAUGAUAAUCUCAUAACUGCAGCUACAUAUUUUGGCCAUGCUGAAUACAUUCGGGGUUUUGUUAAGGCACUUGGAGGCACAAUAACAGGAUCUGAUAAAAGGAUUCUAGUUCUCUGUGGGGAUUUUAUGGAAGAUCUUGAAGUAAUGGUUCCAUUCCAAUCCUUUCAAGUUCUUGGAUGCCAUGUUGAUGCUGUUUGCCCCAACAAAGUUGCGGGUGAGACAUGCAUGACUGCUAUUCAUGAUUUUGAGGGAGACCAAACUUAUAGCGAAAAGCCAGGUCAUGAAUUUACCCUCAAUGCUACUUAUGACGAUGUGAUUGUUUCAAGUUACGAUGCACUUAUUAUCCCGGGUGGUCGAGCUCCAGAGUACCUAGCCAGAGAUCCAUCUGUUCUUAAACUGGUGAAGGAAUUCAUGGAAUCUGGAAAGCCAAUUGCUUCUAUCUGCCACGGACAACAGAUUCUUGCUGCUGCAGAUCUUCUUAAGGGAAGGAAAUGCACUGCUUAUCCUGCAGUUAAACUGAAUGUGGUCCUGGCAGGAGCCACAUGGUUAGAACCAGAUCCGAUAGACAGUUCGUUCAUCGAUGGGAACUUGGUCACUGCAGCGGCUUGGCCUGGUCAUCCCAAGUUCGUUUCGCAGUUAAUGGCACUCCUCGGAAUCAAAGUGAAUUUCUAGUUUCGAUGGCUAAUGGAAGUUGUUUAAAAUUACAAAAAUAAUAAGACAGAAACUUUCAAUAAUAAUAUGCAUGUAAAGAUCCAAAUUAAGAACCAAUUUUAAUAUUUGAUUUGGGAUUUUAACAAUAUGAAUCUCUAACUCAAUUCAAAUCAAAUUCUAUAAAAUACCUAAGCAUUAAAUAUUUGAGACUUCUCAA